AUGCAAACUCAUCAUCACUCUUUCUCAUCCUACAUAUCCUCUUGUGGGAGUAGUAGUACUACUAGUCCCUUCUUGGACAAUCCCGAAGAUGCCGAUGUUGUGCUUCUUGAUGACGAAGAAGCCUCCAUUUCCCUUUCUCUUGGGCCUCCCGGCCAACAUCACAACCCCAAGAUCUCUACAACUUCACCACUACUGCACCAUAACCAUUACAAUCCCAACCCUAACUGUGAUGAUGACCAGAGUGGUGUAACCGUUGCUCUACACAUUGGCCUUCCUUCCACGACAACAACAACUGCACCCAACACCACCACCACCAUCAGCACCACAACAAGUAAAACUGAUACCCUUCAGGGUCAGUACUGGAUCCCUUCCCCUGCACAAAUCCUCAUUGGUCCCACUCAGUUCUCUUGCACUGUCUGCAACAAAAUGUUCAAUCGUUUCAACAACAUGCAGAUGCAUAUGUGGGGACAUGGGUCACAAUAUAGGAAAGGACCAGAAUCAUUAAGAGGAGCAAAGCCAGCAUCUUCAAUGCUGAGGCUACCAUGCUAUUGUUGCGCGGAAGGUUGCAAGAACAACAUAGAGCACCCAAGAUCAAGGCCUCUCAAGGAUUUCAGGACACUGCAGACUCACUACAAGAGAAAGCAUGGCGCCAAGCCCUUCGGCUGCCGCAAGUGCGGUAAGCCCUUCGCCGUCCGAGGAGAUUGGAGGACGCACGAGAAGAAUUGCGGCAAACUUUGGUUUUGCAUAUGUGGCUCCGAUUUCAAGCACAAGAGGUCCCUCAAGGACCAUGUCCGCGCCUUCGGCGACGGCCAUGCUCCUCAUACUGUGGAAAGCUGUGACCAGUUCGUCGAUGAAGAAGAAGAUGAUUAUGAACUUGAUGAUGACGACGACCUAGACUUAGAAGAUAAUAACAACAAUAAUAGUAACGGCAAUCAAGCAGAACUUCCUGUUAUUGCAGAUGGUGAAUUUGACGUGGGAAUGGAAUUUAAUUCCAAAAAAGCUAUCGUUACAACGAUGAAAGAUUAUACCAUUCAUAUAGGUGUAGACUAUCAAGUAUAUGAGUCAGAACUAAUGACAUUUUAUGCCAAAUGUACACAAUAUGCCUCAGGAUGUAAUUGGUUGAUCAGUGUUAGCAUGAUCCGCAGGAAGUACUGUUGGGUUAUAAGGAGGUAUAAUAGUAGCCACAUGUAUACUAAAGCCACAAUUUCUCAGGACUAUUCGAAGCUAAAGUCCAACACAAUUGCAGAAAUAAUAAAGCCGUUGGUAGAGGCAAACCCGCCUAUAAAGGUGAAAUCAGUUAUUGCGAAAAUACAGUCGAAGUUUAAUUACACCAUCAGUUAUUGCAAGCAUGGUUGGCAAAGAGAAAAUCAGUGA